AAGAGAUAGUAAGAAGGCCACUCGCGGUUUCCGCGCGUGUAAGUCGGUCUCGGCCACCACUUCUGCGUUUCACAGUGAACAAUGGAAGUCCGAAGUAGGAAGUAAGGAGCUAAACCAUGAGCUUCGUCAAUCCAUUCAACAACUUUUCGAAUUCAUCUUUAAUUCACUCUACCAUUUCUUUAAUUUCUUUGCAUAUUCCAACGAACCCCUAAAUAUAUAUAUAUUUUUUUUUAAUUUUUCCCCACUAUGAUCGUCAACCAUAAACCCUAGUUUUUUCUAUUGUUUGGUUUUCGAUUCAACAUCCUCCAGCUGCAUCGAUCCUGCUUUGAACUUAUUACAUGAAUGGCUUCAGUGCUGCAAGGUGGUGGUGAUGCGGGAGGGAAUCCCAGAAAGACGGAUAAUGACAAGUUUAAUGCCGGAAAGCAACAGAAACUGAGUAAAAUUCCUAAACACGUAGCUCGUAAUUCCCUUCAGACUCCCACUGUCGCGGCCACCAAUGGCGGUGCUAAUCCGUCUUCUCCUUCUCAUAAUCCGAUCGAUGCUUUGGUCACGUCUAGGUUUCAUUCGGGUCAAAAUCACUGCAGUGAACCGGUUAAUGCCGAGGAAGUGCCUGUAUAUACGAGGUUUGAGAACCGAGUUAGGAUUAAUUUGAAUUCAAGAUCGAGGUCUGGGAUUAAAGAACUUACAACGAAGCUGAAGGGUGAGCUCGAUCAGGUUAGGAGCCUCGUGAAGAAGUUUGAAACUCAGGAGUUGCAGCUUAGUGGUUAUGGUGGUGAUGUUGGACAUAGUCAAUCACAGUUUUCAGCUAAUAAUUUGGUAGAGAGGGUGGGUACUGUUAGUACAAUUAAGGUUAAUUCCGAGGUGGGUUCUGCAGAUGUGCCUGCUUCGAGGCUUGUUCGAUGUGUUUCAGUGGCAGAAAACUUUGGGGAGUUUGCAGAGAAAGAGGUGAGCAAACAUAAAACUUCAAAAUAUGCUUCUACAGAGGAGUUUCCGAUGUCAGACUGUAAUUUGAAUGGAGGUAAGAUUGGUCCAGUGCUUAAAAGCUGUAAUAAUUUGUUGGAAAGAUUGAUGAAACAUAAAUUUGGUUGGGUAUUUAAUGUGCCUGUUGAUGCAAAGCGUUUGGGGCUUCAUGAUUAUCAUAAGAUCAUAACGAAGCCAAUGGAUUUGGGUACCAUAAAGAUGAGACUAAAUAAGAAUUGGUACAAAUCAUCAAGAGAGUUUGCUGAGGAUGUGAGACUAACAUUUAGCAAUGCCAUUACAUAUAAUCCAAAAGGGGAGGAUGUUCAUAUAAUGGCUGAGCAGUUGUCUAAGAUAUUCGAAGAGAAGUGGAAGGCAAUUGAAGGUAAACAAAUUGCUGGUAAGGGAUUUCAGGUGGAUGAUGGCUCAGUUUUACCGACACCCACCUAUAGGAAAUCUCCAGCUCUUGCCACUCGUCCAGUGGAAUCAAGAACUUUCAGUAGAUCGGAUUCUACGACGAAGCAUCUGCCUACCCCCAAUCCCAAACAGACCCCCACAGAUGUUGCUACUCCUGAUAAGAAACCAAAAGCAAAGAAUCACGAAAUCAGAGAUAUGACUUAUGAAGAAAAACAGAAACUGAGCACGGACCUUCAGGAUUUACCAUCAGAUAAGUUGAAUAAUGUUGUCAGGAUUAUCAAGAAAAGAAACCAGGGACUCUUCCAAAACGACGAUGAAAUUGAGUUGGAUAUUGGCAGUGUGGAUUCUGAAACCCUCUGGGAACUUGAGAGGUUUGUAGCAAAUUACAAAAAAAGUUUGAUCAAGAAUAAGAGAAAAGCUGAUGCCAAUCUUCAAUCUGGAGAAAAAUUGUCUCACUACUCGAUCAAUGAUACUGAUCUUCUUGCAGUGGCUAAAGCUGGAGGAAAACAUGUAGGUCGCAAUGCAGACUCUGAAAAUGAUAGUUUCUCGGCAUGUGGGGAUGGAAAUCAGUCUUCUUCAGGUUGAAUUGACUAAGGAUGAAAUAGUUUGGUGACUUAAGAGCAAUCUCACUUCCCAAGCAAAUUCAGGUUCAGAGGGAAGAGAUCAAAAGUAGUGUUUGAUAAUUUUAGAUGAUGGAUUCAGAAAUCUCAUUCAUGGUUUCCUUUGCAAAUUAAUCAAAUAGCCAUUUCCUUCCCUCAUUUCCUCUUUUGACAAUUUGUAACUCCAUAUUUUUGUAAAAUAAAUUUUAGAAGAUGGCAUAAGGCAUAAGUCAAUUAAUUCCCCCUUCACAUUCUAGGAUUGAUCAUGUUCCCAAACUUGUUUAAAUCCUUGUAACAUUUUUAUGUUGCAAAUAACAUUUGUAUAUAUCAAAGCAUCCACUUCCCCAAA